UGUAGUCUAUUUGGUCACACCGGCUUCUUUUUCUUGAAACAAGUUGUUUAUUUUUAAAGAUUUUUGAAUAAAAGCCUUGUAGGAUCAUGUCGAGGCGAGGACUACUACUUAUGGGCCAAUGCGUUCCUUGUAUUAAGCAAAAUGCAUCAAAGAUUCGCAUUCGCCGAAUGGAACUGGAUAAGAACCUGAAUAUGUAUUUUAAGAAGGACGAGUUCUUUUUCGCCCACGAUCCACAGAAAGUGUGCAAAACCGGGGACGUGGUCCUAAUAAGGGAACUCCCUGAGCGCCUUACCCGCCUCAUCACACACAACGUGGAAAAGGUCGUCUACCCGCUGGGUGACAUAACCGAUCCACUGUCUGGAAAGAAGGUAGUGGUGGGCAAGUACCGUGACGACAUCGAGUUGGCUAACCAGCUGUUCGGCAAGUCCGAGAAGGCCUUCAACUAUGACAAAGCUCCGCCACGAGGUCGCCUCGAGGGAACCAAGGACUUUACGCACGGAGAGACCUAUAUCAAGUACCAUGAGGAUGGCAAGGAUCAGCCCUUCGCCGUGUAGAGGAUCGUCAGUCGUGUCAUUUAUCUGUUAAGUUUUCUAUUCGUUUAAAAGUAAAAUGCAUUACUUACCUGA